AUGACUGGAAAGGAACGCGGCAAGCGCAUCAAUAAAAAACCUCUGCAUAAGGGGUUUUCAACUGCCUCAUGGGAAGAUCGUUUAACGGACAAUGAAAAGGAAGAUGAUGGUAACAUCACCGACCCGGAGUUGAUUGCUGAAAAGGAGUAUGCUGUGGAAAAUGGUACUGAAUUCGACAUGAAUUUGGUUGGCGGGAGAGGCCUUGAAAUGGAAGUUGGCAGUGGAGCUGGAUCUAAAUUUGCGGAUAACGUGAAGAAAAAUGCGAUGAUUUCUACUAAAAUUAAACAGGCAAAGGCGGACCGCAAAGCUCGUGGGCGAGGUGUUUCUGGAAGCAUGUGUAAAAAAGAAAAGGGUAUUUCGUAUGGUGGUUUCCACACGCUCAUGGAUAUGGACGUUUACUAUGGAUUAGAUAAUGAUGAAUAUGAUACCUAUAUGUCGGAUACCGAUGAGCCCUUUAAUAGCCACGAAGAGGGCAUUGCUCGCCAAGAAAAAGAGAAGGCAAACCAAUCGGAAGCUGAUCUCAUUGAGGACAUGAAUCAAAUGUUUUUGAAUGAUGACGAUGAGGAGGAGGAUGAUGAUCGCCCAGGACCGAGUCGAUUGUAUUACCGAACAGGCGAUGGUGGUAAACCAAAACGCCUCUAUCGCAUGUAA